UGGUCGGUUAGCUGUGGUUCUGCAUUACAAAAACCCAUCUAGAAAAACCUGUUCUUCAGAUUAGCAAACAAAUAAAUAAAGCCAAGCACCCUGAUGUGCGAUGGCUGGGAUCCCACUGGGUGUGGUUAGAGAGGGCAGGCGGCCAGGGGGAGGCAAAUCUCUCCAGCAAUCAUACCCACCCUAACUUGGUGGGUAUCCCACCCAGAUCGGUCAGAACUCCGCCAAACCCACUCAGUGCAUCCCCCCCGUCAGCAUCUCCCCACUGUCACCAGCAGGUUUUGACGCAGAUUGCACUGCUUUUGGGCACUCGAUCACAUCCUUUGUGAACGGAUCGCUCAGCGAAAAGCAUUCUCCCCCCACCUAAAGCGUGCUGUUUUGAUGGCCCUGCGCACUGGGACGACUUGGUUUGGUCAGGUCUUGCGCAGAGUUAGGUUGCAGGGAUCCUGGUCCCGGCGAUCGAGCAGCUUGCUUUGCCUGUCCGCCCCCGAGAAAGCCAUCGACGAGGACCAGUACAUCUCGGAUAAGUUGAGCAGCCGCUGCCGGGAUCCUGGCUGCUGCACCCGGGCUUUCUCGGUGGACCUCGCCCGUUUGGAGAAUAGCAGGGAGAGCGGACAUGAGCCGCUCACAAGCCGCUUUUUGGAGGCCAUGAAGCGGCAGAACGUGCGAACUCUAUCCUUGAUCAUCUGCACGUUCACUUACCUGCUGGUGGGAGCCGCUGUCUUCGAUGCCCUCGAGUCCGAGUUUGAAAUGGAGCAGGGUGGAAAACUGAAAGAACAGCAGAUCGGGCUCAAGGGCAAGUAUAACAUUAGCGAUGAAGAUUACAAGCAACUGGAAGUGAUCAUCAUGCAAGCGGAGCCCCACAGAGCAGGAGUUCAGUGGAAAUUCGCUGGAUCCUUUUAUUUUGCUAUUACAGUGAUCACGACUAUAGGAUAUGGCCAUGCAGCUCCAGACACUGACGCAGGUAAAGCUUUUUGCAUGUUUUAUGCCGUGCUAGGAAUACCACUGACCCUAGUCAUGUUCCAGAGUCUGGGAGAACGGAUGAACACAUUUGUCAAAUACCUUUUGAAAAGAAUAAAGAAAUGCCUCGGCAUGAAAAGCACAGAUGUGUCGAUGGAGAACAUGGUGACCGUGGGAUUCUUCUCUUGCAUGGGCACCCUUUGCAUUGGAGCAGCUGCCUUUGCACAUUAUGAAGACUGGAACUUCUUUCAUGCAUAUUACUACUGCUUUAUUACAUUGACUACAAUAGGGUUUGGAGACUUUGUAGCCCUCCAGAAAGAUAAGGCUCUGCAGAAAAGACCACUGUAUGUGGCCUUUAGCUUUAUGUAUAUUUUAGUAGGUUUGACGGUUAUUGGAGCAUUCCUCAACCUGGUGGUUCUCAGGUUUUUGACCAUGAACAGUGAAGAUGAGCGACGGGAUGCUGAAGAGAGAGCUUCUUUGGCAGGGAAUAGGAACAGCAUGAUCAUUCACAUCCAGGAGGAUCCCCAACAGGGCCGUCAGCGGUACAAAACCGAGGUGACAGAUCUGCAGUCUGUUUGCUCCUGCAUGUGCUCCAGAUCCCAUGAGUACACCAAUCAGGUGGUAUCUCACCAGAAUUCGUUCAGCUCCCAACUUAAUCCCCAGUACUUUCACUCAGUAUCUUACAAGAUAGAAGAGAUUUCACCAAGCACAUUGAAAAACAGUCUAUUCCCAUCCCCUGUGAGCUCUGUGUCACCAGGUUUACAUAGCUUCAAUGAGAACCACAGGCUCAUGAGAAGGAGAAAGUCUAUUUGAAAUAUUUCUAUUUUGAUUUGUUUUUGAGCGUGCUGGAGAAGAUGAGGAAAAUACAAUAACCUUACUCUGGGACUCAGAAACCAAGCAUGAAGCAUGGUUAAUAAAAGCUCUACAUCAGCAACAAUAUGCCUUAUCGAUGGCAGAUGGAAUUUUAGGAACAAGCAAAAUGCUGGGCAUCUAUUGGAACUACUUCAGCAAGGGGACUGGUAACAUUGACAUUAUUCUGCUUGGAAGUGAUUGUAAACUGUUAGAAUGAGGAAGUUUUAUUGGUGAAAGUGGGGAUGUGUGUGUAUGGCAUACAAUGUAUCAGGUAUUAAUUUUUUAAAACCAUUUAACUGAGUUUCAGAUUUGACAAACAGACGAACCCAAAUCGUAUUGCCAAGACAGCAUGCGCAUUAGUAAAUGAAGCAGUUGGUAUACUGGAUGUGCCAUUGUAUUUUCAACAGCUGGCUCUUUAUUACUGGAUUGUAAAAUGCUGAAAGAUAAUUUCAGCAUGCCAGUUUAAAUGCAUGUGCUUUGUACAACUGGUAUGCAUUAUAACUUACCUGAGAACACAAAUUAAUUAGCAAUGAAAUUAAUAAAACAAUUCAUAUUUAUUGAUUUAUGAAUAGUAUUUAUGCUUUUGCAGCAAUUCCAGCCAUUUGUUCUUUCUUGGCUUCUGUGGUUAUUUUGACAGAGGGAAGAGGAGUAAAAAUGAAUGGUUGGAGUUGCAUUUAAUAACUUUAGUGCAGUUAUGAUUGGCAUGAAAUGGAAUUAGUUUUUGAAUGCCUGGAUAGGGACAAUACGUUUAGAAAAUCAGCAACAAAAAAGAUUUUCCUCUUCAGAAGGUCUAACAGUUUAAGUGACUUUAACUGUUAUUUCCAAAAACCAUUUUUUUUUGCUGUUGUAUGACAUAAUUCAAAUGAUAGGAAGCUGUAACAAAAUGUUUACAACUCAAGGAAGCUUUUAUGCUCAUGUACAAAAUGUAAUUAAUGGGGUUGCUUCUUUUUUUGUAAUGAUUGCACUAACAUGUAUAUAUUUUACAUUGUCUUUACAAUUACUGCAGUGUUGUAAAAUAAUGCACUUUUCUAUUUUUUUCAUUAAAAUAUGGCACGUUUCAAAAUGUACAUUGUUGCUUUUAUAACGAAUGUACAUGGUUAAGGGAAAUCAUGUAAAUUUGUACCACAGAAGCUAACUUCAGUGGUCAUAUUUUGUACAAAAGUACAGACAUCUAUAGAGAUUUAUGAAUACAUAAUAUAUUCAAAUUUGAAUGAAAAUGUACAGAGAAGAUUUAACGGAUGAAUUUAAGU